UGCGAGGCUCCCCACGGGUCCACCUGGACAAGUCCAACAGCCUGCGAGUCUCCCCAGGGGUCCACCUGGACAAGUCCAACAGACUGUGAGGCUCCCCAGGGGUCCACCUGGACAAGUCCAACAGACUAUGAGACUUCCCAGGGAUCCACCUGGGUAAAUCCAAUAGACUGGAAGGCUUCCCAGGAUCCCAUUAUGAUAAGGCCAGCAACCUCGGGGCCCUCUCAAGGACUAGUUGAGGCAGAGUGUAAUAUUUUAACAUGUUCCAGAGAGCGCAUUGGGGUUUUUUUUAGAAAAGAAGAGCGCAGGUUCCGGAAAAAGGUACCUCAAAGUGCAGUGACUAAGAAUCUAUUGUAUUGUCAAAUCAGAUUUCCCAUGAGAAAAGGAUCUUUAGUGACCAUUUUUUCAGUAACAGAACCAGGACUUCUUAAGGCAGGGGAAGAGCUAUAUGUGUGUGAAAAAUUCCUAAUGGGGACAUGCCAGAAUGACUCAUCCUGCCUCGGCUAUCACAUCUUGUUACCUUUCCAUUGGCAAUUUCAUCAUAAGUAUAGUAACUGUUGGUAUAGUGUUCCCCUUGGAACCCAAAUGCACUUGGAGAUGAUUUAUGCUAAUCCCAAUUAUACAGCUGCAAAAAUUGUGUAUGUUGGUAAAACCCUCUAUUUGGACAUGAAUUCAAAGAUAUUCCAGUCAUCCUCUCCUUCCGGCUUUGAUUAUGCUCGGAGGAUCUGCUGUAAAAGUGACAGCCCAUUUACCCCAUCCUCUGAAGUUUAUUGGCAUAAUGGCUACAAGUGGGUUCCCUACGACCAGGAAAGUGGGAAUCAAUCUAGCAAUCUGCAGAACCCAGAUGGAACAAAAACCCAGCUAGAGGAAAUGUAUCUAAUAAAAACUAGUCGGCCUAAAUACGUUCCUCUUUACCAAAAUGUGAAUAAGCUUAGGAUAUGGCAUUCUGAAAUAUCAAAAACCCUGUCAUUGUGGGGAGAAGAAGCAACAGACAUCUAUAUAGGGGAGCAUCCAUACAAAAAUCAAGUGAAAAUGUCAAGGAGAGAUUUUUUCACAGUGGUGGAAAUGGCACCUUCAGAGCCUGCAUAUCAAUACUGUUGUCAGCUCUUCCAUGACUCCAUACCCCCUGAGCAGGCUGUGGUGUUAAGAAUCUACCGACUCUACAACCCUUACUUCUGGAUGCUAUACCAAAGAGAGAAGAGGAGGCUAAAAAGACUCCAAAUUCCUAGUCCUCUAGAAUACCAUCUUUUUUGUCAAACUCCCAUUAGCUUGGAGGAGCUGGCAAAGUAUGGCCUGUGCCCUAAAACAAGGGGUACGGAAGGCAUCUUAGGCCGUGGACUCUAUUUCUCCCUGAAUGCUAGCGUUUUAAGUUCCCAAAAAACUGUUAAUUCUGGAUAUAUGACAGUGUUGGCCAAAGUGCUAAUUGGAGAAAAAACCCUUGGUAAUUAUUUAUUUAAUUCUGCACCCUGUAAGGAAGAUGGCUAUGAAUAUGAUGCUUGUGUGGAUGAUAUGAACAUGCCUACCCUUUUUACUGUGUUCCGAAAAGAGCUUACCUAUCCCUACUUCAUUAUAUUUUACAAAUGUAUUGAAGAUCCAGUUCACUUGGUCUACUGACUUGGAAAGUAAGGGAAUUAGAGGGGAAUGGAGAUUUGGGCCCUCUGUUUUAACCUGCUUGGGCUUCAUGCCUUAUGUUCAGUUUUUUGCUACUUUGGGGGUUAUUCUAUCAAGCCUUCCAUUCUCCACACAAUGUUGCAUUUGUUAUGCUCAGUUCCAUCUCUUUUUUCCCCCCCUCUCAUCUCCCUUCCGCUUCCUGUUUUCUCCACUGAUUCUGAUCUAUGCUAAUCCCUAACCAGGGUCCAAGUAAAAGGCAAUUGGAAAUGAAGGGUCCUCCCCCAGUAUUACUGUGGUUUAUGAUAUUUUAUGUAAUUUGCUAACUUUGAUUACUUUAAUAUUUCAAUAAACAUUUUUGAUCCUUAAAAUUAAUUAAAAUCACUUUUUAAAAAAAA